AGUCCACGACCGUUUGCCACGAGACUUCGAUCUCAUCGGUCUCUCCCUGUCUUUCGCUAUCUCUCUACCCUUCUUUUCCCGUUUGGAGGACGGAAAGCAGCUACCACCUCCUCCACCACCACCACCACCGACGCCGCCGCCGCCGCUGCCGCCGCCGCCGCCGCCGCCGCCACCGUCGUCGCCGCCACCGACGACCGGGGAGACGCACGUAGUCGAAACGUGAGACUCGUACGGACAUCGUCGUCGUUCUCGCCGGUAGUCCUCGUCGUAGACUGUUUUUCGAGCCAGGCCUUCUUCGGUUGUACUUUGUACUCUUCGAACGUAUCAGGAGUCACCUGAAAUUCGAGGUUCUACGGACGUUUGGCUACCGCACGGUAAGCAGCGAGCACCAAGAUGGCAGCAUUCGUGGCGAAACAGAUGGUCGGAAACAAGCUGAACGCUGUUAAAGGAGCCGUAGGUGGCGAAGGUGGAGACGAAGAUGACAAGGAGAAGGAAGAGGAGGCCGAGAGAGAAAGGCAAGAAGCUAUCAGGGAGGCUGAAGAACGAAGGAAGGAGAAACAUCGUAAAAUGGAGGAGGAACGGGAGAAGAUGCGACAAGAAAUCAGGGACAAGUAUAACAUAAAAAAACGGGAAGAAGUACAGGAACUGACCCAGGAAGAACCAAAUCCUUUGAUGCGUAAGAAAAAAACGCCAGAAGAGUUGGCCGCGGAAGCUGAAGCGGAAGACGAGGAUGAGAUUACCAAAUUCAGGAACACGAUAGACACUCAUAUACAAGAGAUCAAAGAAGCAGUGGAAGCUAGAUGCGACCUUCAAUAAGCCGGCCUGCACCUUCAAAGCGGUCGGUAAGAAGAGUGGCACCAUGUGUUGCCAGGGCCGCAUCCGCCUCUCAGCCUUUACGAUAUCACGAGGAAGGGAACGAGUGAGACUCGACGCGUUAAACAAGCUAAUGAGAGAAACAACGAUACGAAAAACUAGCAACCUCGUCACCACCGCCGCCGCCACCGCCGCCGACGCCGACGCAUCGUGGUCGUCGUCGUCGUCGUCGUCGUUGUCGUUGUCAUCGUUGUCGUUGUCGUUAUCGUUAUCGUUGCGUUGCUCGAGCGUAAAUCGAUUCAAGAUUCCGAUUGAUCAAUCGUCGCUUAAACUCUAAACGAAAGCGACGACACUCGAGACACCGCAAGAAACACCCUUCAUCAUCGUUGGUCUCGAUAAUCGAACAGUCGAUCUCGUUGAGGGUUUUCUACAGUGUACAAAGAAUGAUCUCGAGGAACGAACUCGUCGUUCGGAAAAGCCGAAAAAUGAAUCGAUAUCGACGACGAACAAAAGUACGGAGAAGCUAGCGUGGCUGUCGGGAGAAGAGCUGGCGUGGGCGUCGUCGUCGUCGUCGUUGUUGUUCACAUCGAGAACGGAUCCACGGUGCUGAAUUAGAGAAUUCAUGGUCGAUAGGGUUUUAUUAGUUGACCGAACGAGUCUUGAAAGAGUGGCGAACGAAAAGCCGAGCACGCAAAACAUCAGCCUGUAUAUCAAAAUUGAACAACAUUGGAAAACCAAAAGAAACUUGCGAGUCAGAAACUUCAAUGACACGAUCGGACGACUUUGCAAACUUCAAGCUUCGUAAUUCCGGUCCUCGGAGAUACCCGAUCGAAGCGAAUGAAAAAGAAUCGUGAGAAACCGAGUACCGUCUCGAAUUUUAAGACGUUUAAGAGUUCGUUGACGAAACAAAUCGAAUGUGAAUACACGAUUCAGGAAAGAUUCGAACCAAAGGUUUAACAAACGAACAACAUGGAGAACGUUUAGGAAAAAUGGACGACGAUCGACGAAAGCAAAUGCAACCAGAUCAGAUACAACAACGACCGAUGUCCGGCAGAAAACGAAACGGCGAACGAAACGAGACCACGAAUACUACGGGCAUGCAAUAAUUUUGUUUGCACCGUAACUACAAUUCGGGAAAAAAGAAGAACGAGAUCGAGUCUUUUCGAAUAUCGUACGAACGCCAUGAAAUUGGUGAAACGCGAGCAGUCAAAGGGCGCGUGCGUCAUAAUAUAUACAGAUAUAUAAGUAUAGAAAAAAAAGGCGUGAAAAAAGAUAGUAACUAAGUUUUUAGCCAAUUUUCGAAUAGCGGUAAAAUGAGAAAAAAAAGAAACUACCGAUAGCAGAGUUACGUAGUCGCUAGUUCGUUCGACGACUGUUUAAUAACAAAGAGAUAAGACGGGGGAGUCAUUAAUAUUAUCAUUGCAGUUAUUACUUAUUCACAUAGUUUAUUACUACGGUCAUUGUUCUUAUUAUUGUUAUCAUUGACUGUUUGUAUUUAGAAAAGAAAAAGAAAACAAGGUAGUUAUAACAAGGAUCGAGGGCCAGGAGAAACUAGCGUCAAGAGACUGAGAGGCAAUAGGGAAAAAAACGGCCACAGGUUGGCCAAUAAAGAGAACGAGAUACCGGAAGAAUAAAAAUAACCGGCGGCCCUUGCUCUCCCUUCCGUCCAAAAAUUUGAAUUUUUUUCCUCAGACGUAGCUCGACCGCGAUAUAGCGAGACGCGUAACACCUGAGCAUUUCUUAGAAACACUUUAGUUAGGGUACGUUAAUAAAAAGCGAACAAGAAUUAUACGUCUACGAGAAAAAAAAAAUAUCGACGAAAGAAAAACAUGUUACUCGACACUAUCGUGCGCGUCGUUAGAAAAAUAAACUCAACGACCAGAUCGAACAGAACUGAUUUUCGCGUUUAAAUCCAAAAAUAAGAUAAACAAAAUGCCUUUCUUUCACGUUUAUACGAUGCGUUUCUAUCGAGUGUUAUAAUUAUACAAGUAGGUUAAUCGGAUUAGCGAACGGAAAAAAAAAGAAACAAAAAAAAAACAACGUACUUACGCAUUUGUUCGUGAACGAUAGUUUGGAAAGGACAAGGUCUACGGAACUUGUACGGUUCGAUCGGUUCUUGCGAAAGAACUUUCAGGUGUUACCAAUGGACACGAUCGAGCGAUAUAUAUAUAUAUUGUUGCAUCCUUUCUUGGAACGAUCCACCGGUUUCACCGUGUUUGUUCGCCGAUGGUGGUCAAAACAGUUUGGCGUGAACGAGGGUGGACGGGAUGGACAGAGCAUCGACUGCCGGCAAACAACGCAAGCUUUAUACAUAUAAGAAAAGAAGAAA